AUGACUUCGCCUCAGCAUAUGAGAGACUUUAUCUGCCAGCGUCUAACUGCGGCUGCUGAAGAAAUAUUCACAGAGUUUGAAAAAACCGUCGUCCAUUACGAGAAAGAGAUCGAUCGUCAGCGCCGGCUGUUGGAAAUCACAUUGAGCCCCCGAGUGCAGCUGCACAGAAUAGUAUGUGGGAAAUGUUUUCCUCGAAGAUCAGAUCUUGUGAAACACAUGAGAAGUCAUACUGGGGAAAAACCUUUUUUAUGUCCAACAUGUGGGAAAGGUUUUUCUCAAAAAGGACAUCUUAGUGCCCAUAAAAGAACCCACUCAGUUAUCUUAAUUACCAUAAAAGAACCCACUCAGGUGAGAAACCUUAUAUGUGCGCUAUAUGUGGAAAAAGUUAUUCUAGAAAAGGUGGUCUUGAUGUCCAUAAAAGAACCCACUCGGAGGCUUCAGGUGAGACUGAGACUGCUGCCACGGGCCCGAUGUUUGUUUGACGAGCCCGUUAAGCAUAUGAGAGACUUUAUCUGCCAGCGUCUAACUGUGGCUGCUGAAGAAAUAUUCACAGAGUUUGAAAAAACCGUCCAUAUGAGAGACUUUAUCUGCCAGCGUCUAACUGCGGCUGCUGAAGAAAUAUUCUCAGAGUUUGAAAAAACCGUCGUCCAUUACGAGAAAGAGAUCGAUCGUCAGCGCCGGCUGUUGGAAAUCACAUUGAGCCCCCGAGUGCAGCUGCACAGAAUAGAACCCACUCAGCGUCUAACUGCGGCUGCUGAAGAAAUAUUCACAGAGUUUGAAAAAACCGUCGUCCAUUACGAGAAAGAGAUCGAUCGUCAGCGCCGGCUGUUGGAAAUCACAUUGAGCCCCCGAGUGCAGCUGCACAGAAUAGGUUAUUCUAGAAAAGGUGGUCUUGAUAUCCAUAAAAGAACCCACUCAGGGGAGAAACCUUUUUUGUGCACUAUAUGUGGAAAAUAUUUUUCUGUAAAAAGUUAUCUUAAUUACCAUAAAAGAACCCACUCAGGUGAGAAACCUUAUAUGUGCGCUAUAUGUGGAAAAAGUUAUUCUAGAAAAGGUGGUCUUGAUAUCCAUAAAAGAACCCACUCAGGUGAGAAACCUUAUAUGUGCACUAUAUGUGGGAGAGGUUUUUCUCGAAAAAGUAUUCUUGAUGUCCAUAAAAGAACCCACUCGGGGUUCAGCUACGUGUGUGGUGGUCCCGCGAGAGCCGUCUGGCGGUUGGAAGUAGAUCGGGAGUGUGAUGAGAAGACAACUGGAACCACCCCCAAAAAAUCUAAAAGACAAACCUGCACGACAUGUGGGAAAAGAAUUGCAAAUUCUUCUUUUGUGGUACACAUGAGAAUACACACC